AUUAUCACACAUGCCACCGUUUCCGUUGCCGAGGAAAACAAAAAAUAUGCAGUUUUUCUUUAGUUUUGGAACAAAGUGAAAGUUUGUUUGGAAACAGUUGACAGAUAUAUUAGGUGCCACAGUACUUUAUAUAAUUUUUUGGAGCUAUAUAGUGAUGUGCGCAGAAAAGAACAGUAAACAUGUUUUCCAAGAGAUUGAUUUGAAAUGAGACUACACUCGGAGGACGUUGCAGUUAGUUAAGAAUUGUGACCAUGAUAGAUUGAAUACAAGUCAGCAUUACGAAAUCAUCACUUAAAGUAAAGACUUUACAAAUGAUUAGGACGAUGAAGAAGUAAAAUUUCUAGAAGACUUACAAGGAUUGUAUAACUCUCUUUUGUGUUAAUUGGAACUGUAAUUGCUGGUUAGACUGUGUGCCAAUGCAAGAAGUUCCUGUUAUUGAUCUCUUGAGAUAUUAUAACCAGUCUGUGAGGUAUUGAAGCCAAGCCAGUGAGUGAUAUUGUAACCAGACUAUGAGGUAUUGAAGCCAAGCCAGUGCGUGAUAUUGUAACCAGUCUGUGAGGUAUUGAAGCCAAGCCAGUGAGUGAUAUUGUAACCAGUCUGUGAGGUAUUGUAGCCAGGCCAGUGAGCGAUAAUUUAACCAGUCUGUGAGAUCUUGUAGCAACCAGUCUAGAGAAGAUGGAGUAUUCAGUACAGCUAAAUGGACAGAUGGUUUGCUCUCCAGAAUCACGAGAUAAACCAGAUGAGGGAAACAAAGAAUUAACUACGUUGUCCAAACUGAAGGGUUUAUCAAAAGAUGAUAAAACAGAGAACGCCAUGUUACGAUCUCGGAUCGAUGAACAAUCACAGCUUAUUAUGAUACUAAAAAACCGAGCUGAUGAAGCCUUUACUAGAAUAUCUACACUUGAAAGAAUUAACAAAGAACUGACAGAGUUUCGAGACAAUGCUCAGGAGAACAUAAACCAUGAAAUAAGAAAGUUUAAUAUUUUAGAUAAACGUUUUAAUGACCUUGCUUCAAAUCAUGAAGAAAUGAUAAAAUAUAAAGACGAGUAUAAAAGAGUGAAUAUAGAACUAAGACAGGAAAAUGAACGGUUGAAAGACGAGAAUGCAAGGUUAUUUUCUAAAGCUUUGUUAGAGAAGGAUGAUACGAUACGGCAAUUAGAGGGAAAGUUAGUGACAGUGAGAGAUCAAUAUACAUCCCUUGAGACAAAAUACAGAUACACCAUCCAAGAGGGACGAGGUAAAGAAGAAUCUUUAAGACAAGAACUACAGCUUAUACAAGACAAGUUGAAAGCUGACAUUAAAGCAUUACAACAUAAACUGUCUGACACAGAGGAGAGACUUAAAGGUGCUAAUUACAAACUACAGAACCAGAUUGACAGUCGACAGAAUGCAGAAUCAGAGGCUUCUGGGAAAAUUCAGCAACUAACCAAAGAGAAAGAUGAACUGCUUAACCUUGCCAUGCAGAGAGGAAAAAUUGUACAGAAAGAGCAAUCGGACAACAAGGUGCUAAAAAAGAAAAUAACAGACAUGGAAAAGUCUGUAUUUGAAAUGCAAGAGAAAUUUGAACGUGAAGCUGCUGCAGUUAACGCAAAUAGAGCUGUGAAAAAACUGAAAGAUGAACUUGAUGAAGCUGAAACCAGGGCAACAGAGGUUACCAAGGAAUUUGAUGCAUAUAAGAAACAUACUACUGCUUUGUUGAAGAAGGAAAAAGAACUGAAUGAGAGAUUAAGGCAUCUUUGUGGAUAAACUGAACAACAUGAUAGUGUUUUAUUUAUGUAUAAACUGAAAAUGGUUUAUGUCUGAAUAAACUGAACAACAUGA